CACAUGUUUUGAAAGAAUAAAAACUCGUGAAUUAAACGAAUGUAUUAAUUAAAUUUCACUUAAAUUGAAUAUGCAGAAUUGAAAAUGAAGAUAUCAAUAGGAGACGUUGUGUUACCGGGAGAUUAUUGUGAAGAGAUUUCGCAAGUUGCCGAAAAAUCAAAAGUAAUCAUUGGACCUGGCCUACGUAAAGAGGUAGACCGUGUUUACAUUACUAAACCCGGUGUUUUAAAGAAACGAAAUCCAGGUACUUUUUGGGUAGAUAGUUAUCAAAAGAGGUAUGUCCCUUCCAGAGGCGAAAACGUAAUAGGCGUCGUUGUUCAAAAAGCAGGAGAUAUAUUCCGUGUAGAAAUCGGUGGCAGCAUAACCGCUGCCUUAUCCUACUUAUCUUUUGAGGGAGCAACGAAAAAAAAUCGACCCGAGGUUCAAGUUGGAGAUGUAGUAUAUGCAAAAAUGUUGGUGGCUAGCAAAGAUAUGGAACCAGAGCUUGUAUGUGUCGAUUCACAUGGAAAGAAAGGUAGAUUGGGUGUUCUGUCUGAUGGAUUCGUAUUUAAAUGUUCAUUGAAUUUAAUAAGGAAGAUAUUAAAUCCCAACUGCCCACUCCUCGAGACUCUAAAGAAUGAGUGGCCAUUUGAAGUUGCUGCAGGCAUGAAUGGUAGAAUUUGGAUUAAGGCCAACUCGAUGAGAGAAACAAUAGCUGUUGGCAAUGCUAUUUUAGGAGCUGAAUAUUUGAAUGAUGAAGAAAUCAGAAGCAUGUGUAACAAUAUAGCUGCCAUAUUGGCCGGCCAUGUGUCAUAGACAUUUUCAUGUAUUUUUAAUAAAGAUAUUUCAGGUUUUA